AUGGGCUUCGUCCACAAGCUUCCGCACUGUGGGCUCAACCAGAUCAAGAUGCUGACGGAGCUUCUCUCGCAAGGAGCCAGUGUCGAACAUGAGAACCGGCUGGCCUGGAAGAUCACCUGUAUUUGGGCAUCCAUCGUCCUGGCGGCCAUCGUUUGGUCGAUCUACGCCGUCGCCAUCAUCCCAAGGAAGCGAAACUCGGACACGGUGAAGAUGGGACUUGCCGACGACGAGAAGGCCUACGAGAAAGGCUUCAUGAACUACGUCAGCUUGGGCUGGGUUGAUGAGCUGGUAGGCAGAUACGGCAAGCACUGGAACUCCGUCAUCGAUGAUAACGAGAUUGUAUGCAAUCGCCGGGACGAUGCUUUUGUGCCCUACAUCCGCUUCCGAAAGCAUUGGGAGGACGAGGUCGCCCGCGCUGGGAGCGUCGAGAAGGCUUCCAUCGUCUGGGCGCUGUACAAGACGGUGGGCUUCAAAGCCUCAUUUGCGAUGGUCACCCUCACCUUCACGGAAGAGCUGGCCGGGGGUGUUAUGAGUGUAGUCGGUCUUCAAUACUUCCUGGGCUCCCUCGAACAUUUGGAUGCGUGGGCGAAUCAGCAUCCGGGGGAGCAGCUGAGCUACCUGGGAACAACAAUUGCGACUUUGGUCUGGAUCUGGGGAUCUCCGAUGGUUUUCCGGUUUUUGAGCAUCAUCGCUACCCUGGUGGACGGCCACUACACGCAGAUGUGCGCAUCAGGACUGGCUUCGAUCGUCUUCCACAAGGCUCUCCGUACCCCCGCGAGCUCUGCAAGGCCAGAAUCGCGGGAGACAGCCGAUGGAGAUGAGGAGCCAGAUCCAUGGGGCAACCACAAACCCAAUCUGGUACAGAUUUUGAAUGUGGACAUCGUGGACUGCUGGGGCGGCCUCAUUCGCGACUGCCUCUGCGUGUUGGUGGCGCCCUUCUCAAUGAUCGUCCUCCUGAGCAUCAUGGUGAAGCAGAUCAGCUUCGAUGCCAUCGGCGGUGCAUCCUACAUCGUGCCGGUUCUGUUCUUGAUGAUGUGCAGCACUUCCAUAGCCAUGCAGUACUGGAGGGCAUACCAGAUGUUCAUGGACACACGCUUGAAGUGGCUGACCGAGUCGCUACUUUCGAUCCGAACGAUCAAGGCUUUGGCUUGGGAGAAGCUGGCGCAAGAGAAGCUGAUGAAGGCCAGGGAUGGCGAGCUUUACUGCGCGCGAGCAAUGGCUGUGAUGACCGGCGUCAUGACGGCAGUGGCACACACCCUGCCCUGGGGUGUGCUGACGAUCACAAUGUGGAUCCUCCUGUCGAAAGCAGGCAACGGCCAGAUCCCGGCACACCAGGUCAUGAUCGUGCAGCGCUUGAUUCAGGCCUUGCUGGGCAACAUCUCGCAGCUCUCCAAUGGUCUGGGCCGGGCGAUGGUCGUGCCGAACAGCUUCUUUCGCAUCAGGCGCUUCCUAGCGCAACCUGAUCGGCCAGAGGAUGUGGUGCGGCAGCCCACGGUGCAGACCCAGAACGCACCGGCUCUGCGGGUGAUGGGGAACUUCACCUAUGCCGGGGCGAAGCCGAUAUUGAAAGACUUGGACAUCGCAGUGCCGCAGGGUGAACUUGUGGGUAUCAUUGGGCGUGUGGGCGCGGGCAAGAGCACCCUCUUGCAGACAGUUAUCGGCGAGCUCCACCCGCUGAACGGGAGUGGCGGGCAAAGCUUCGUCGAAGCACCCGAUACGAGCAGCGGUCAUAUUGCCUAUUGCGCUCAGGUGCCUUGGAUCUUUGAGGGCACGCUCCGAGAGAACAUCAUCAUGAAUCAGCAGCUCCACCAUGACCGAUAUUACAAAUGCAUCCACGCCGCGGGCCUGUCCUCGGACCUCCAGAUCUUGCCUGGCGGCGACCAGGUGACGAUUGGCUCCUUCGGGAUUCGCCUGUCCGGAGGACAGCGGGCCCGCGUGGCCUUGGCACGAGCUGCCUACAUGGAGGCCGCACAGGUCGUGCUCAUCGAUGAUCCUUUUGCUUCCGUCGAUGGUCCGACGGGUCAGCACAUCUUCAGCGAGCUACUCCUGGGGCCUGUCAUGAGAGGCCGGACACGCCUGGUGGUCACGCAGCCUGACCGCGCGCGUUUGCAGCACUUCGACCGGAUUAUCCUCCUCGAAGAGGGCUGCGUCGUAGAGACUGGAGCACCGGCAGAGGUGAUGGAGACAGAGGCCUUCAAACGCAUCCAGCAGGAACAAGUCGACGACGGUUCCGAUUCACCCAAGGCAAACUCGCCCGGAGUCAGCGAUGUCAACCAGAGUGUGAUGCUUGCAAAGCAGGCCAACGAUGAGGGAGGCAUGCUGCUUCGUGAAGAGGAGGUGGCAGAGAACAUCACCUGGGAAUCCCUCUGGUGGUGGUUGAAAGCCGCAGGCAUGCUGAACUUGUUGCUGCUUGGCGGAUCGGUAGCACUGCAAGCCGUUGUUGAGCUCCGGGAGAGUUUGGUGCUGGCAAUCUGGAUCGACACCAAGGUUAUAAAUCCAGAAGUGGACGACAUGUUGUUCAUAAAACGCCUGAUCCUGGUGGUGGGCGCUUGCUGCGCGACUAUCCUCAUUGUUUACUACGCCACGGCGAAUGUUGCGCUCACCUCGGCGAGGAAGAUCCACGAAUGCUGUGUCACGAGCCUUCUCAAUGCUCCGGUGGACAGGUUCUUUGACAAGCAGCCCGUGGGCCGUCUCAUCAACCGACUGUCCUAUGACAUGAAGCAGGUAGAUGAGACACUUGUGGGCACCGGCCUGGGCAUCGCGCAGUUUCUGAUGGGCUUUAUGACUACACAGACCUUUGUCUUGUCGGUGAUGCCUCGUCGAGUGUGCCUGUGUGCCCUCCCUGUCUACGCUGCUACGAUGUACUUCAUCUACCUCUACCGUGGUACGGCGGUUCCGCUGGUCUUCCACUCCAAGCACUCGCUUUCCAUGGUGCAAGACCUGCAAGCUGUGGUCAUCGGACAGUGCGUGUCCAUCCGUGCGAACGGCAUGCUGGAUAGCUUUAUGCUGCGAUACAACCACUACUCGCAGAGCGUGAUCCGGUCUCAGUAUCUCAUCUUCUACGUCUGCCGGGCCUGGGCACAAUCUCGGGUAGUGGCAAGCAGCGGACUUCAGGAUUGGCAGCUUGCAGUUCAUCUCGCACAGAAUGCGCAAAGAAAGAAGCAGUAUGCUUCCCGGAAUGCGAUCGUGGCUUGCGGAAGAGCAGAACAGUGGCAGGCAGCUCUCCAAAUCUUCUCGAACAUGUUUACGAGGAAAAAUCGUGAAACUCCUAACGUCCGCAGCUUCAAUGCCGCGAUCACGGCGUGUGGACGUGGAUUCAAGUGGCAGCAGUCGCUGGCACUGUUGCUGCAAAUGGAGACAUUCCACACUCCGCCAGAUGUAGUCAGCUAUAGUGCAGGCAUCAGUGCGUGUGGGAACGGUAGCGAGUGGCAGAUGGCUUUGUUUUUGUUGUUGCACAUGCCGGCAGCCGGAGUUGCGCCGAAUGAGGUCUGUUUCACUGCUGGCAUCAGUGCGUGUGAGAAGCGUGGCAAGUGGCAGAUGGCUAUGCUUUUGCUGUCGCAGAUGCCGGCAGCCGGAGUUUUGCCGAAUGAGAUCAGUUUCAGUGCUGGCAUCAGUGCGUGCGGUGAAGGUGGCGAGUGGCAGAUGGCUGUGUUUUUGCUGUCGCAGAUGCCGGCAGCCGGAGUUGCGCCGAAUGAGAUCAGUUUCAAUGCUGGCAUCCGUGCAUGUGAGAAGCGUGGCAAGUGGCAGAUGGUACUGAAUUUGCUGUCGCAGAUGCCGGCAGCCGGAGUUGUGCCGAAUGGUUUCAGUUUCAAUGCUGCCAUCCGUGCCUGUAAGAAAGUUGACGACUGGCAGAUGGCACUGUACUUGGUGUCACAGAUGCCGGCAGCCGGCGCCGUCCCGGAUCGGAGGAGUUUCAGAAACGGCAUGCGUGCCUGUAGGAAAGCUCGCGACUGGCAGAUGGCACUGUACUUGCUGUCACAGAUGCCCUCAGCCCGCCUUGCCCCGGAUCGGCAAACACAGAAACAUUUUGAUGCAGCCAUGCGCCGCAAGAAAGGCUGGCCGAGCGCUAAAAAGAAGCGUGUCCGUAAGAAAGGAGGGCAACCUUGCCAGAGCCUCUCGAGAGCGAGUGCUGAAAAGCAAGGUGGCGAGAGACAUACGGCACAGUCACAGAAGCCGGAAUCCGUGGUUGUCCCGGCUGAGUUGAGUUUCACUGCCGGCAUGCGUGCCUGUAAGAAAAGUGGCGACUGGCAGAUGGCACUGUACUUGCUGUCACAGAUGCAGGCAGCCGGCGUUGUCCCGGAUCAGAUCAGUUUCAAUGCAGGCAUCAGUGCAUGUGAGCAAAGUGGCGAGUGGCAGAUGGCGCUGUACUUGCUGUCACAGAUGGCGGUAGUAGCGGUUGUCCCGGAUCGGAGGAGUUUCAAUGCUUGCAUCAGUGCCUGUGAGAAAGGUGGCGAGUGGCAGAUGGCAUUGUACCUGCUGACACAGAUGCCUUCGGCCGCAAUCGUACCGAAUGAGAUAACUUUCUGCGCUGGCAUCAAAUCCUGUGGCGCAGCCCGCAUCUGGGAGCUGGCCUUGCAGCUUUUUGCCUCAAUACGAGGAAACCAGCUACAGCCAGGUGUAGCUUCGUAUGGGCAAACCAUAGAAGCAGCUUUGCCCCAGCCGGUCAGUUUCGAGCUUUUUGAUCAAGCCAUGCAGGACAAGACAUGGCCAGACAUGUUGCGCCAAGGUGGAGCUUGGCUAGAUUUGCGUGACCACUCUUGUGGUUCAGCGAUGCUUGCUGUGUCGUGGUGGCUCGCGGAGGUUGUCGCGCAGCAGCUUGCCACGAUGCCGAGACAUGCAUCGAUAUCGCUCGAAAUUAUCGCAGGCUCAGAUAGAAUAUCCUGCAUGCCCGGGCAACCCACUGGCUUGGAGAUCCAGGUUUCAGUCCAGAGACUCUUGGAUGCACGUGCUAUCCCGUACAAGAUUCAUCCUCAGCAUCGUGGCCGUUUGCUGCUCGAUCCUGGAGGAAUCGACCCAGUGCAGCUUCGUGCAUUGUACCCAUCCUCAGCGACAUCACCGAGACAGUGA